AACAGCUGGGAGGAGAUGAUACCCACAUUCACAUCAAGACCAGAGCGGCCAAAAUGUAAGAGUUUGAGCCUCAGAGAGUUUCAGAAUGCACAGACAAUGGUAUUUGCCAUAGAAGAAAUCAACAACAGAUCUGAUAUUCUUCCGGGUGUCAGGUUGGGUUACAAAAUCUAUGAUUCAUGUGGAUCCAUAGAAAUGGCUCUCAGAGCCUCUCUGUCACUAGUUAAUGAGGAAAAUGCUUCUCAGUUGUCCUGUCAAAGACCUAUCACAGUCCAAGCUGUCAUUGCAGAAACAUCCUCAACUCCAACUAUUGCCAUAUCAGCUACUGUUGGGCCUCUGCAUAUACCGGUGAUCAGUCAUUUUGCAACCUGUGCCUGCCUUAGCGACAGAAAGAAACACCCAUCAUUCUUCAGAACUAUUCCCAGUGACUACUACCAGAGCAGAGCACUGGCCAACCUGGUGAAAUAUUUUGGCUGGACGUGGGUGGGGGCUCUCUGCAGCGAUAACGACUACGGAAACAACGGCAUGAACACAUUUAUCAAAGCAGCCACAGAAUUCGGAGUGUGUGUGGAAUUUUCAGAAGCAUUCUUCAGGACCGAUCCCAAAGAAGAAAUUCAGAGAAUCGUGAACAUUGUUAAAAGUGCAAGCUCUAAAGUGAUUGUGGCUUUUGUAUCUUACUCAGACAUGGAGGUUCUUCUGGGUGAAUUAGCCCAGCAGAAUAUUACCGGGCUGCAGUGGAUUGGUAGUGAGUCUUGGAUCUCUGAUAUGAACAUUGCUACUGGUAAAUGGCAACACAUUCUCAGAGGGUCCAUGGGCUUUGCCAUCCCAAAAGCUGAAAUAAGAGGCCUUGAGGAGUUUCUUACCAAACUCAGCCCAUCGUCUGGUGUAGCUCUGUAUAAAGAGUUGUGGGAAACUGUAUUUGAAUGUAAAAUCCCCUCACAAGAAACUGCAUUAAGUGGUAAUAUAUGCAAAGGCAAUGAAAGCCUGAUCAAUGUGCAGAACCAAUACACAGAUGUCACAGAAUUACAGAUCGCUAAUAAUGUAUACAAGGCAGUGUAUGCUGUCGCUCAUACUCUAAACCGCACAAUGAACUGUUCAAAAUGGGACCUAAACCAAGGCAGUGCAAAUAAAUGCCUGGAAAAAAUCAACAACACGUGGCAGGUACUUAAUGCCUUAAAGGAAGUCAGUUUUUUUACGGAAACUGGUGAAAAAGUGUACUUUGAUGAGAAUGGAGAUCCGGCAACGAGGUACGACCUCUUAAACUGGCAGCAGGGGAAGGAUGGAACAACCAAGUUUAUUAAAGUGGGUUUCUAUGAUGUAUCUUUGCCACCUGAUUUACAGCUUUCAUUUAAAAACAUAAGCAUAGUCUGGGCCCAAAAUGAACACAAGGUGCCUGUGUCUGUGUGCAGUGACAGUUGUCCUUCAGGCACUAGGAAGGCUGUACAGAAAGGAAGACCUGUCUGCUGUUAUGACUGUAUUCCAUGUGCAGAUGGAGAAAUCAGCAAUGAGACAGAUUCUGUGACUUGUCUCAAGUGCCCUCCUACCUUUUGGUCCAACAAAUGGAGAGACACGUGUGUCCUGAAACUUGCAGAAUUUCUGUCAUUUGAAGAUGUGAUGGGAAUUGUUCUAGUAGCGUUUUCUUUGUUGGGUGUAUCUUUUACAUUAGGCAUCGCUGUAGUAUUCUUUAUACAUAAGGACACCCCCAUAGUAAAAGCCAACAACUCAGAGCUGAGCUUCCUGCUGCUCUUCUCAUUGACUCUGUGUUUUCUCUGUUCACUUACUUUCAUUGGUCGACCCACUGAAUGGUCCUGUAUGUUACAUCACACAGCGUUUGGGAUCACUUUUGUCCUCUGUAUCUCUUGUGUUCUGGGGAAAACAUUAGUUGUGUUAAUGGCCUUCAAGGCCACACUUCCAGGAAGUAAUGUCAUGAAAUGGUUUGGGCCCUUGCAGCAAAGACUCAGUGUCAUAACCUUCACUUCAUUACAGGUCAUAAUUUGUGUGCUUUGGUUAACAAUAUCCCCUCCUUUCCCAUAUAUGAACAUGAACCUUUAUCAAGAAAGAAUAAUUUUAGAAUGUAAUGUAGGUUCAGCUUUUGGUUUCUGGGCUGUGUUGGGUUAUAUUGGUCUACUGGCUCUCUUGUGCUUCAUUCUGGCAUUUCUGGCUCGAAAGCUGCCUGAUAAUUUCAAUGAAGCUAAAUUCAUCACAUUCAGUAUGCUCAUAUUCUGUGCUGUGUGGAUCACAUUUAUUCCAGCUUAUGUCAGUUCUCCGGGAAAAUUUACUGUAGCUGUGGAGAUAUUUGCCAUUUUAGCCUCAAGCUUUGGAUUAUUAUUUUGCAUAUUUGCCCCAAAAUGUUACAUCAUUUUACUAAAGCCAGAGCAAAACACAAAGAAACACAUGAUGGGAAAGUAA